GAGCGUAAAUUAUGAUAAGAAGAAGAAAAUACACAAAAACUACAAUUUCAUCGCGACAAGCCUGUUUCGUGAUUUCUCACUCUUCAGGGGAUGAUGUUAAAUUCAUUUCAGAAUAAGGUUUGAGAAUAAGGAUUUUGAAAGUGUUUGAAUACCUGCUGUGGGCGGUAAUUGAUCAUUUCAGAGAUAAGACGUACAUAAAGCCAAAGAUACUGAAAUCGUUGUCCAAAGACGCCUUCAUGAAACAUUAGUAUACGCACGAAAAUCAGACAUCAAACAUGGAAAUUGUAAGAUUCGUUUCUAAAGAAGAUAUUGAAAUGGCAACAAACUUACUGCCAGAAAGGAAGCCACGAGAGAAAUUGACUGUUUUGGGUACAGGAGACUUUUGUCGUGCAUUAACAAAACGACUCUCAACGGCUGGAUAUCACGUCGUUAUGGGAAUACCGUUUAAUAUUGUAUCCUUGAACGAUGCUUUGGAACACUCUGACAUCAUUUUUCUUGCCAUUUCUUUACAUGGAUAUGACAGUUUAUUGACAUCAUUGGGGAGCCAACUAAAUGGAAAGAUUGUUGUUCACGUUAGCAAUCGAACCCAGACCUCUUUCAACGAGCUAUCUAAUGCUGAGGACUUAUCAAGUCUACUACCUAAAGCUCACGUUGUGAAAGACUUCAAUGUGAUAUCUGCAUGGGCAUUGGAACUAGAUAUUUAUGGAGGAAGUCGGACUGUUUACAUUUGCGGAGAUAAUGCGGAAGCAAAGAAAAGAACUCGUACGAUUAUGCAAAUAUCUGGAAGAGUGCACUUUACACCCCUUCAUCAAGGCUCACUAAAGGGCGCCAAAGCUAUCGAGAAAAAGCCAAUGGAGCUAUUUUUGGGAUUUUUGUACUUCGUUAUGUGGUUAUUCUUCAUCCUUGCGUAUCUAAUUCGAAAGGUUCCGUUUACUAUUUUUCCUCUAAGAGAGAUCAGUAUUAUUAAUGCCUUCACUGUAAUUGGACUUUUGGAAAUGGUUUAUCUCCCAGGAUGCAUUGCCGCCAUUGUACAUUUGGUAUACGGUACCAAAUAUCGUCGUUUUCCAAAAUGGCUUGACAUUUGGAUGAAAUCUCGUAAACAACUUUCAGAUAAACUGACAAUGAAGAUGGCUUCAAAACACUUUCUGCUUUUUCUCAUUGGUGAGAUGUCACUGAUCUACAUUAUUACAACAGCAAAAUAUCAUUUGGAUCUCCUAGAUAAUGGAGGUUGUUCAAUUACUUUCACAAAUGGAUUGUAUGCAGUUAAAAAGACUGGCUCCUUUUACAAGCGUUCACCGCCACCUGAAGAGUGAAAAAUGGAUAAAUCGUGCACAAAAAAUAGGCAAUAACGGUUGGGCUGGCUUCAAGUUCCUUUUCUCGGACCAGAUGGUGACUUGUAUGCAGUUCGUAAAGAUGGGACAUUUUGAAAGGUUCUCCACCUAAAAUGCACGUGACAGCUGGAGUGAUCGUGCAACUAAAUUGGCAAUAAUGGUUGGGCUGACUUCAAAUUUCUCUUUUUUGGUCCUGGCAGUGACUUGUAUGCAGUUCGUAAAGAUGGCAAGUUUUUGAAAGGUUCUCCACCUAAAAAUGCACUUGACAGCUGGAGCACUCGUGCAACUAUAAUUGGCAAUAAUGGUUGGGCUGACUUCAAAUUUCUCUUUUUUGGUCCACAUUGCAACCUGUAUGCCGUCCAACCAGAGGGUUCCAUCUUUACAACGUACGAACCAAAGGACAGGUCUGACAGAUGGUUAGACCGCGCAAAAAAGAUUGGCACAAACGUUUGGCAACAUUUCAAGUUCCUCUUUUUUGGUCCUGGGGGUUAUUUGUACGCAGUACCAUGUGAUGGUUCUUUACGAAAAGCCCCUCCUCCAAGAAACGCAAGUGAUACCUGGAUUUCUCGCUCAUCUAAAAUCGGUGCUAAAGGAUGGGCAAGUUUUGCAUUUCUGUUCUAAUUCUCUUGAUUUACUUCAGUAGCUACUAACAAUUCAUGAUUAUAUUAUGGUAAUUGUUCUCAACGUAAACAGUUUUAAAAUAUAAUGUCAUUAGCAACCCAUUUUGCUUUGGUUGCAUGUUAUUGCUUAUUAAACAUUUCUCAAAUUUUGUAAUAA